GAGAGAGAGAGAGAGAGAGAGAGAGAGAGAGAGGGGGCAACUUUUUAGCAGAAAGCGCACAGAAACUCACCGCCGCUUCUCGAGACUGCAGGCAUCCGUCAGAAACAGCGCGCGCGUCUCCACAGAAACGGACCGUUAAAAUAUGUGAUUAUUUCCCCUUUCUGUCUCCGACAGGUGUCUUUAUUUUACAGAAGAACAAAGAUGAGAAUUCACUAUUCUGAAGCCACUUCCAUCGUCCUCAUCCUUCAGACGCUGUUGUGGGGCUUGAAGAGUCAAUGUGAGGAACCAAUAGAAAGCUCCAAACUCGACCUCUCUGUGAACUAUGAGCUCUCUCACUUUGUGUCUGACACUCCCAUACAGAAGCUGUUGGAAUUCAAUGGAACUGUGUAUGUAGGGGCUGUCGACAAGCUUUACGUCUUGUCGAAAGACCUCAAGAAGAUACAUGAAUAUAGUAAUACCGGACCGGUUCGUGAGGGUCAAGACUGUAGUGCACCAGAUCCAUGCAGUGGCUGCAAAAGCAAACCCCUAAACAUGAACAACACCAAUAUGGCCCUAUUGGUGGAGACUUUCUAUGAUCUUGAGCUCUUCAGCUGUGGUUCAGUUGGGAACGGCGUCUGCCGUCGUUACCUGUUAGAGGAUGGACCCCUGGAUGCGGAAAUUACUUGCAUGUAUUCGAAGAAGAACAAAGACAGCAGCCACGGUUGCCCGGACUGUCUGGUAGGACCUUCGGGCACUCAGAUCCUAAAUGUGAUGAGCAGCGGAGUUGUGAGGUUCUUCGUUGCAAACUCUGAGCCACUUGACUCGACCGUGCCACGUCUCCACCACACCAUCUCCGUUAGGAAGAUGCGAGAGACUCAAGACGGCUUUGAGUUCUUUUCUGAACAAUCCUACAUGGACUUGGCCCCAGGGCUGCGUGGGAACUACCCGCUGCGCUAUGUCUACUCUUUCCAGAGCGGCCCAUAUGUGUAUUUUCUCACUGUCCAACGAGAAGGUGGCAGCUCAAGUGCCCUCCACACAAGGAUCGUACGCAUGUGCUCUUCAGAUCCUGAGAUCUUGCGCUAUGUUGAAAUGCCCUUUGAGUGCAUUUACGCUGAGCGAAGAAGAAAGAAACGCUCGGCUGAAGUGGUUUUCAAUGUUCUCCAGGCUGCACAUGUGGCCAAAGUUGGCUAUGACUUUCAGCAGGAGAUGGGCCUGAAAGAAGGAGAGGACGUGCUGUUUGCUGCCUUUGCCCGCAGCAAACCAGACUCCCCGGAGCCCACGGCCAGCUCUGCCGUUUGCCUUAUCUCCAUCACAGACAUCAAUAACUUCUUCAGGGAUUUCAUACAGAAGGGAUACACAAGGAAGCUCAGUCACUUUCCAGGAUCAGAGGAGAAAAACCUCAACCAGAGCUUUGCAGGAGAUUCCUUCAGCUGUGGCAAACAUGAAAGAGGCUACCGGCUGGAGGCUACCAGCACCAACCCGCGUCGGGACUACUUUCAUGGACGCUUCCGGAACGUUCUUCUCACUUCCAUAGCUGUGGUACCCAUCCAAAACCACACUGUGGUCAGCCUAGGCACAGCUGAGGGCCGUGUCAUCCAGGUGGUGCUUUCCCGCUUUGGCAAGACGGAGCCGCAUGUGGAUUUCCGCUUGGACACUCUCCCUGUGUCCUCCGAGAUGGCCCUACUGUCUCCACAGCGUCAUGAUGGCUCCUUAUUGUUGGUAACAGGAAACAAGGUCUCUAAGGUUCCUCUGAUAGGCCCUGGAUGUGAACAGUUGUGGACUUGUAGCUCCUGUCUUCUGGCUCCAGCCUUCAUGGGCUGUGGAUGGUGCAAGACCAGCAAUCACUGCACCAGGGCUCCUCAGUGCUCCCCCUCCCAUUGGAUCCAGGACUCCUGUCCCCUCCUCAUCACGACGAUCUCUCCUUCCUCUGCUCCACUCGGAGGCCACACCAACGUCACAAUCUGUGGCAAAAACUUUGGUUUCAGUAAGAAAGAUCGCUUUGAUACCAAGCUCAUUGAUGUGGUGGUUGCUGGAACAAAGUGUAAAUUGGAAAGGAAAAACAGUAGCAAUAAUCGGUUGGUCUGUGAACUCGAUCAUGUGAACACAUCCAGCGCUGACUCUGUGGUUAGGGUGCGCAGUGGCAAGGAACAGGCCCAGAAAGACGGUUUAUCAUUUGUGAACCCAGUUAUCACAGAGAUCUUCCCAGAGUUUGGACCUAAAUCUGGCGGAACGAUGCUCACUAUCAUGGGUUCAUUCCUGGAUAGUGGAAAUAUGCAACUGGUGACCAUGGGCAAUGCUACCUGUGUGCUGCAGAGUAUUUCAGCCUCAAUGGUGACAUGUCGGACACCACCUCAGCCAUCACGAUCCCAACACAAGGUACAGCUGCACAUUGAUGGAGUGAUUCGUGAAGCUCCUGUCAGCUACACCUACAACGAGAACCCACACAUCUCCAGCAUCCAGCCCAAGCAUUCCUUUAUCAGUGGAGGAAGCACAGUGACAGUGAAUGGUGUCUACCUCCACUCAGCCCUUCAACCUCAGAUGGUUCUCACUGUCGCCACAGAGGGCAAACUCUUCCAAGUGACCUGCAGUCAUGAUGAGGAUAAGCAAAAUAUCCUUUGUAUCACGCCCUCCCUGAAAGACCUCAGUGUUCAGCCCCCAGUUGCCACAAAAAUGAGCUUUGUGUUAGACGGUUUCUCCACCGACCAGUAUGACCUACUGUAUGUUGAAGACCCCAACUUCAAGAAGUUUCAGCAGCCUACAGUCACACUGAGAGACAAGAAGAGCAUUCUGGAGAUUAAGGUCCCCCCUGUGAAUCAGGAGGCGGUGAAAAAUGGCGAGGUGCUGAGAGUUUCGAACCGGACCUGUGAGAGCGUCACUUUGGUGGGCAACACGCUCGAAUGCACCGUACCCAUGGAGCUCCAGUCCGCCGCCAAAGAGCUGGAGGUGGAGUGGAAGCAGGCCACAUCAUCUGUGAUCCUAGGUCGUGUGCUAUUGGCUAAAGACCAGGACUACAGGAUACUGAUCACAGGAGGAGUGUGUGUGUCCAUCUUCCUACUCCUCCUGAUCGCAGUCUUUGUUUGGAUCAAAAGGAAGAAGCAUACUGAUGAUUUAGCUAAGGCUAUGGUUUGGUAUGAUGGCCGGGCUCACAUUCCGCACUUGGACAUGUUGGCAAACGCGAGGAGUGUCAGUCCGACUAAUGAAAUGGUCUCUCACGAGUCGGUGGACUAUAGAACCACUUUGCUUGAGGACCAAAACUUGCCUCUGUCGCAGACCGAGUCCUGCCGGCCUCAUCUCUACGCCCAUGCCCAUGCCCAUGUGGAUCUGUCCCCUAUGCUCGGGCCGAUAGAAGGGGACCUGGCAUCUCCACUGUUGCCUUCUAAUGCACCUGUAGAUCUGAGCAGCCUCCAGCCUGAGCUGCUGAAGGAAGUGCAACACGUGGUCAUCUCCCGGGAAGAUCUGCUCUUACAUCUAAACGAGAUCAUUGGGAGAGGGCACUUUGGCUGCGUGUUCCAUGGAACCCUGCUUGAACCAGAUGGCCAGAAGCAGCACUGCGCCAUCAAGUCCUUAAACCGAAUUACCGAUAUAGAGGAGGUGUCCCAAUUUCUGAAGGAGGGCAUCAUCAUGAAAGAUUUCUGCCAUCCCAAUGUGCUCUCUCUGCUGGGAAUCUGCCUGCCCAGCGAGGGCUCGCCUCUCGUCGUGUUGCCAUACAUGAAGCACGGAGAUCUGCGUAACUUCAUCAGAGAUGAAACUCAUAACCCCACAGUGAAGGACCUGAUGGGUUUCGGACUGCAGGUUGCUAAAGGAAUGGAAUAUCUCGCCAGCAAGAAGUUUGUACACAGAGACCUCGCAGCCAGAAACUGCAUGCUGGAUGAGAGCUACACGGUAAAGGUGGCUGAUUUUGGCCUGGCCAGAGACAUCUAUGAUAAAGAAUACUACAGCAUACACAACAAGAACGGGGUCAAGCUGCCCGUUAAAUGGAUGGCAUUAGAAAGCCUGCAGACACACAAGUUCACCACCAAAUCUGAUGUGUGGUCGUUUGGCGUAUUGCUAUGGGAACUCAUGACCCGGGGCGCCCCGCCUUACUCCGAUGUGAACUCCUUCGACAUCACUAUCUUCCUCUUGCAAGGACGAAGACUACUACAGCCAGAGUUCUGCCCAGAUGCACUAUAUAAUGUCAUGGUCGAAUGCUGGCACCCCAAACCCGAGCGCCGGCCCACCUUCUCAGAGCUCAUGUCCCGCAUCACCACCAUCUUCUCCAGCUUCAGCGGCGAGCACUACAUCCUCCUUAACACCACCUACGUCAACAUCGAUAAGAUGACGCCCUACCCCUCUCUCAUCUCCUCUCAGAGUAACCUCGACCGUGACUGCUGCACCUGAGAGACAAAAACACCAGACAGAGGGAGGAAGAGGAGAGGAGAACAACAACAAAAAGCCAUUGCUGUUCGUGAAAGACACUGGACUGGCCAUCAGGGGUGGCUUUCAUCAUUAAAGGAGGAGGAAAGCGGCCCAAGGACACUGUGAAAGACAUAAAAGGCACGGACACUCCCUUAAUCACUGUAACUAGAUUAUGAUGAGCCGUGACCUGUGGAGUUAAGGUUCUCCAGUCGAGCUUGAGAUGUUCCCGAUCUCCUGGGACAGAGAUAGUGACUCCACUGCCAUUGUGAAAACGGUUGGCAUCCUAUUAACAUUUCAUCUGUAGGGUUGCAUUUUGAUUCUUCUUGCAGUCUGUGGCCAUCUGAUUCAUUUACGCUUGUGGCAGAUGCUUUCAAAUGACUUCAAGAUGUCUCAACUUGUGUUCUCAGAUGUAACCUGAGCGUACGUUGACCAAAUUAUUUUCUGUGAAAAGUGUAAUAAAACGUUGUGUAUGCCUUCAUACUAUGAACUGAGAGCAGCAUAAUGAAGUUAUCAGGAGAACACUGGACUCAAGCGACGUAUGACCAUUUUUUGAGAGACUUUGAUUCUUUGAUUCUUGUGAGGCCUGGAAGUCUGAUCCAGACCGAUAUGAAUUAUUCUGUUUUGUUUAUUUUUGUUAAGAUGAUUGUUUUCUGUCCUGGCCAUUUUCAAUCUUACUGUCGAGAUUUAUUCCGUAGUUCUUUUAUAGUUUUAUGUAAUCUGCUUAA